AUGAGUGGUGCCUGUGGCUCAUGCAAAAGAAGUCUGAGGUGGCCGCAGUCGUUGUGGUGGAGGUUGUGGCAGGUCUGGCAAGCGCCACAAAAUCCAGCCUCCGUCCUGGGCCUGGGAGCGAGGACUUAUACCCGGGUCGACACGCCAUACUCGCGCACGGCACUCUACGACCUGCUCGGCGUCCCCACCACAGCCACGCAGGCGCAAAUCAAGGCGGCCUACUACCGGCAGAGCUUCCUUUACCACCCCGACCGCAACGACGGGAGCGCCGAGGCUGCCGAGCGCUUCACGCGCAUCUCCCAGGCCUACGUGGUGCUGGGCAGUGCCACCCUCCGUUGCAAGUAUGACCGCGGUCUGCUUUGCGACGAGGACCUGCGCGGACCCGGCGUCCGGCCCUCCAAGACGCCCACAGCAGACGCUGGGUUUCCCCGUCCCCCGCCGGCCGCCCCUCGGGCCCAUGUCGGGGGUCGGGCCUCUCCCGGCGCCAACUGCACCAUGUUCAACUUCGACGCCUUCUACCAGGCUCACUACGGGGAACAACUGGAGCGCGAACGGCGCCUGAGGGCCCGGCGGGAGGCCCUUCGCAAGCAGCAGGAGGACCGGGCCAAGAAAGGCUUCCAGUGGGACGAGAUCAGAGACAUUGAUACCGGAAAAGAACUGCACUCCUCGUCAUCCCCCACCGGCCCUGCUUAG